AUGAGUUCUUCAACAGAAUCGGACGAGAGUAUUGCAAAGAGCCGCAAAUAUCGUAAACAAAAGUUUACAAAUAAGUGGCUAGGAGACGAAAGAUUCAAGGGUUGGUUACAAGCUUUGGCCGGAACACAAUGUCGCUUUGAUUCUGAAAUUAUAAAAAAUGUUGAUCUUGGGAGGAAAAAGUGCACCAGCAUAAUAAAAAAUGUAGUAGCAAAAGAAGAAAAGGACAACUUGGUAAAUAAGUUAAAAGCAAACCCGUUUUCCGUAAUGGUCGACGAGAGCACAGAUAUCGGCCUAAAUAAGCAUAUGUGCAUCCUGGCCAGGUUUUACGACGAAGAAAAGGGACGAGUUGUGGUAAAGUUGUUGGAUCUACUACCAAUAGGAGCUGAUUGCACUGCAGAUGCUUUGUACAAGAGUUUUAAGGAAUUAAUUUUAUCCCUAGGAAUUCCAUUUAUUAACAUAUGCAUGUGCAGCGACGGGCCAAAUGUUAUGGUCGGGAAAUGCAAUUCAUUCGCUUCCAAGUUGAUUAAUGGCAUUCCAAACGUGGUCGUUGUAAAAUGUAUUUGCCAUUCGGCCGCAAUUAUUGCAAGUAAAGCUUGCUUAGCACAGCCAAGAGCACCCGAAGAUCUUUUGCGGCAAAUCGGUUCGUAUGUCUCUGGAAGUUCCAAGAGAUGUGCGCAAUUGGAAGCUGUGCAGGAAAUGUUAGGUGGGAGGAAGAAAAAAAUCCUAAGGAUGUAUGCAACUAGAUGGCUGUCACAUCAUGGGUGCGUCGAAAGUGUUUUAGAAAACUGGGAAGUGCUUUUAGAAUUUUUUAAGCAAGCUGCCGCGCAAGAUAAGUUGAAAUCUACAGAAAUUAUUUCGUUUGAACUCAAUAGCGAGUGUAAUAGAGCUUAUUUACUUUUUCUUAAGUAUGUCCUCAACUAUUUUAAUACUCUAAAUGCACUUUUUCAGUCCAAAGUGCCACUAAUACAUGUUCUUCAACGGGAUUCAGAAAAAAUAUUUUUGAAUCUAGGUCAAAAUUUCAUUAAAAAAUCGGAACUUAAUACUACUUGUGCUGUUAGAUCACCGCAUAUUUCUCUACCAAUCGAAGAAGUUUUUUUUUGGGCAUGAGUGCAUCGAUCUCUUAACAACUAUUCCGAGGGCUGCUGCAAACAAAAUAAGAAUGGAUUGCCUGCAGUUUUACAUUAUUGCUUUAGAAGAAAUACAGCGAAGAUUGCCCCUUGCAACAGGUAUAUUUACAGAAAUGGAGUUUUUAAGUCCCGAAAUUGCAAUGGGGGUAAAAGGAAACAAAAAUGAUUUCACAUUUAAAAAUAUUUGCAGCAGAUUUAAUGUAGAUGCUUACGCUCUUCUACAAGAGUGGAGAACUUUUGAGUUUAAUUUUAAGAGCGAUGAAAAAGCUAAUCUUUUAAAGAUGGGCACUGAAGAGUUUUGGAGCAAUAUCACUAAAAUGAAAAACUUUAAUGACAAUUUUCUUUUUCCUACUAUAUCAAAAUUAGCCAAGUUUGUUUUAACACUACCACAUGCCAAUGCAGAUUCCGAAAGAAUUUUUUCUAUAGUUACAGAUGUUCGUACGAAAAAAAGAAAUAAGUUAAGCCAUGCAAAUUUAACUCCGAUUUGCAUAAUCCGCUCUUUUUUGCAAGAUCUAAUCUAAAUUGUUGAAUUUUUCUGUGCAAGGAAUCACAUCUAAAAAACAUGACAGCGUCUGAACUCUACGACGAUCAUUAAUAUUUUUUUUUUGCACUGUGGUUACAUCAUGCUUAAAGUAUAUGUUUACGUGUUUUUUGUUUGUUUAGUUUUUUUUAACCAAAUAAAUUAAUGUCGCCUUA